ACUACUUAUUACGCAUCUGUGAUUGAAUUGAAUUUAUCGUUGUUUUGAUUUACGGUCGAUUUUUCAAUUUUUUUCAAAAUGUGUGAUUAUUUCUAUCGAAUUUAAGUUCUGUCGUUAAAGUAUUUAUAUUACACUGUCCUAAUAAAUGACCUAAUAAAUGCAUUCAUAAAUGAAGACCCAUCGGAAAUCAACCGGCAGCAUCAUGAGGAAGUACUAUCAGCUGAUCCUUGUUGUGGUGUGUUUUAUUAGUAUAAUCACUCUUCUCAUUUAUCGCCACGAGUACUACCGACUCCGGUAUGUACUCGAAGUGCUUAACUUCUUUGGAAAGCCGGGUUUGUCUGAGGUGGAGUUCUGCGGGCCAGGGUUUAACGCCACCAUGCUGUCAGAAAUACUUCGUAACUCUUCAAUGGAGGUGCGCGAAACACCGCCCUUAUUUCAACAAAUCGACGAAAACUUUUAUUCAUAUUCUUCAUUCUUACGGUCUUACUAUAAGUACGAAAAAUUAACUCCUUUGAACGCUCACAUUAUUAACACUAUAGUCAUUGGAAAAGCAAAUGUCGCACCAAACUUUCGAUGCAACGUUUGGCUCGAAAAUAGCAACAAACCUAAAGCGGGCAGAUUUAAUUACAAACUGGCAUCUGAACCUAUUAAGGAUCAUCGUUUAUUCAUUUUUGAGUGUUCUCUAGGCAAAAACAUGGGGAAACCGACAGGAGUUAGCUUCUAUAUCAAUGAUUAUAAUAUAAAUCCAAUGCACGCACCAAUCAAUAAAAUUAUACAAGUUAACACCAAGAGAAAGACUCGUGAAAGUGGAAGCAUUCGAUUUAUAAACAAUAUAGAACCAGCAGUUUGUGUGAUUCCUAAUCAUGUGCCUAUAGUGUCAAGGGACUCAUUUAUUGAAUUUCUUGUAUUUCACCACAUUAUUGGUGUUGACUAUUUCACAAUAUAUGACAGUAUGAUAUCCGAAGACGUCAUAAGAAGACUCAAUUUGUUCCCUUCUGACAUAACUCAAUGGGAAAUACAAUUUUUCCCUUUAAACUAUCCCUUUGUGUUUUCAAAGUCUUAUGAAAUUGUUAGAAAUGCAAUUGAGCUUGACUGCCUGUUCAGGCAUUUUCGGUAUGAUAAGGAAGAGUCUAAUAAAGUCAGCCAUGUAGCUAUUCUAUCAUGGGAUGAGUUCCUUGUACCUAGAGUUCAUACCAACCUUAAAGCUAUGCUAGAUGAUUUUGACCCAACAAGAUCCAUAAGAACUUAUAUUGUCGAAUCAUUAGUGUUUUGCCUUAAUCAAAUGGAUGAUGACAAUGCUGAAAUUGGUUAUCCAGAUAUAAUGAAGAAGACCCAUUAUUACUCAAUGCAGCAAGAAAAGGUAUCAAUAAAUAUAAGGAAUUUAGAUACUAUUGCAUCAUUUGAAGAUCUCUUUAAUUUAAAUACAAAUAGCAAAAACAUACCUCUUGAGUUACUAGGAGCGCAUAAGUACUCAGUUUGUAGAGAUCAUAACAAGUUCCACCCAGAGGGUUACAAUGAAACUGAAAUGCAAGUGUUCCAGCAUAAAUUUGAAGGUGCCAUGAUUAAAUUUGGGCAGACCUUAGUAAGCAAUAAGAUCUACAGAUUGUACAGAUCAGGUCAGAUUUGGGAGAGGAGUUCUAAUGAAAAUGUUAGAGAUAUGUUGUAAGUUGGUUAGUGAAUUUUUUAUUAUGCAAUGGUUGCUAGGACCAUAUCAAAUAUUUAGUAUGAAAUAUGAAUAAAUGAGGGCACAGUAUUAUUGAAAAAAUUGUUGGAUUAGAAUAAUUGGCUAUAUUACUAGCUGAGGCUGCUUCACAUAAAAAUACUUUUCUGCUGAUCAACCUGCACAGAAAUCGAAUUUUACAAUUCUAUGUAAAUGAGUCUGAUUAUGAAGGAUAGGCUAAAUGCUGUGAUUCUUACUACUUUUGAGACUACAACUACUUAUCAAGAGCUCUUUUUAAGUGAUGUGGUCUAUAGCUCUAUAUAAAUUUGUUACAUAAUUGCCAUUCUUAAAUACAGAAAGAGGUAUGAAACUGCUGACACAGUAGUUUAUUUUUCAAUGACUUGGUUGCAAAAUAUUUUCUACUUGCAAGAAAACACUUAACUGGAUUAGUUACAUAAACCAUCUGUUUAAAAUUAUGAAAGUGGUGAAAACCACAUCAAAAUCUUUUGCAUGGUUGAGGAGGAGUUAGCAGAUAAACAUGCAGAAAGCAACUUUGUUUUACACUAUGUUGAGAUUAUAUGUUAAAUACUAAAAUAUGACUUGUAACAUUAAAUAUAAAAUCGUUUGACUUUGUUCCGAGUCUGUAAAAAUUUUUUGGUCAUAAUAUACCACAGUACAAGAAUGUUGAUAAAAUUGUUUGUUUAUACAAAAGUUCUGUUAUGACUACAAUUGUUGUUACAAGAUAUUCCAUGUAAAACAAUCUAUGUAUUAGUAAUAGAUACAAAGGUAGCUUUUAUUGGCAUAUGUUAAGAAAAUACAGUAGUUUAUAUGGUUUUUAUUCAGAAGUAAUUGUUUAGGUAUCAGAUUUUUAUUUGAGAUUUGCAUUUAUUUCUAAUAAAUUAUUUGUUUUUGUGUAGUUAGGAAUGUCUGUUAGAGAAAUAGAAAAGUUGUGCCUUUUUUAUAUGAGGGUAGUUAGCUAGUUUUUAAUUAUUCACUUUUAAAAAUGCUGUGCUAUUCUCUAAGGUUGAGACUAUGCCUUAGUUGUGCUUAGGAUAUAUUAUAUUGUUACCAUUUAAAAAAAAGAGUGUUAUGUUAAAUUUUGUUUAUUUGAGAAUGGAUAGCCAGUUUUAGGGAGUAACACUACAGAUUUUGCUUAAAAUAUUAAUACAAUUAAGACUGCUUAUUUGAAUUAAAUAUCACUUAAUAAAUAUUAAUCUACAAAAAUUCAAUGCAUAUUCUGCAAAGUUUAUCUUGCAAAAAGUAAACUAGAUAUAAUGCCUAAAUUGACCUUUUAGCUUAGUAACACAGUGCGUUCUGUGAGAAUUGCCACCUAAGUUUACUUGUUCGAUUGUGUGAAAGUUGAGUACGAUUUAUAUGGUAAGUAUUGAGGGAUCUAGUUAAAAUGUUGAGAAACAGUAUUGACACUAGAUGGCGCUCUUUUGAUAACAUUAAAAAUCGUAAUUACCUUCACCUGAUUGAAUAAGUAAACUUAGGUAGGAAAUCUCACACUUAGUACAGAUAACAUGAAGUUAAUGAUCCGCAGGGUGAUUACGUAUCUCACGACAGUUUACUACUGUCAAACGUCACUUUUCUGUACAAUAGAUUAUCAAAAUGUUUUUUGGAAAUCUUUGUGGAUCUUCCAAGUAUUCGUGACAUUGGCGAAAUUGGCACACCUAGAAGCAAAAAAAAUUACGUUUUUAUAUAUUUACAAAUUGUAUGCAUCCUUGUAGGAUGAAUCACUCUUCGCCGCCGAGUCCUUUUUACAAGCUCCGAAACGUUUUCGAGUAUAAAACACUAUAAUGUAAAAUUAAAAUGGACCUAAUGAUACUUGUAUAGAGUCGCAAAUUCUGUACUACUAAAUUUAAUUUUGCAAUCGUUCCGCCAGGAGCGCUGGCGUUGAAAGAAUAAUGUGAAAACGAAUUCAGUGAACUUACUACAGUCUCUUAAAACAGUGUUAUUUUAUAAUUACAGUUUGAUAUGAUAUAUCAGACUAAGAGACGUCAAGUUUGAAAUAAUACUGCUGUAAGUGAUGUUAUUCUGUACUUAAGAUUCGUUAUUAUCUGUUUAACUGGCGUUACAGUUUCUGAUACUCGAAAACGACUUCCGAUUGCGAUAGGUAUACGACCUACAAAUAUUAUGGUGUCGGAGUGGUUCUACUGGUAAAACUUAAUGAAUACUCUAGUUGUAGCAUGAAUUAUUAUUAGUACCUAUAUACACAACUGAAGUGUGGCCGUGUGUCUAUGGCGCACGAUGUAGUGUGCAUUUACCUUUAUUAUUAGUUUUUCACAUUUCCACUUACUAACACUUUUAAUAAACGUUGUUCAUUAUUA